CCCCGAACGCCACCUUUUCGUUUUCCUGCCUGAAUUGAACAGCGAGCAUGGGAUAUUAUGGGAUAUGGAUCAACUUUCCAUUCCUCUUUUCUAACAUGGAAGGAAAUCUCAAGUCAACUUCACCCCAUCAUUUGGUCUUCUCUUCAAAUCUGUAAUUCCAAUUUCAAUUCCCUUUCCCCUUUUUUCUAUAUAACCACCAGAGUCGUCUUCCAUCGUCGCCUGUAAUUUUAUCAAAAUUUUCAAUCGAUCGAGCUCAAUUGAUAAUCAUCCAUGGGGAUUCAGGGUAUGAGGCUCCACCACCACUUCUGGCCGGACCACCAGCCUCCGCCGUCCCUCCGCUGCAAGCGCCUCCGCCCCCUCGUCCCCAAGCUCGCCGGCGGCGGCGGCGCCGGACAUCUCAAAUCCUUCAUCAGACCCGAUCAUCAUCAAAACAAAGAAUACAGUUUGCCUCCUCAGGCGGCGGAAGCGCCGCCGCAGCACGGCGGCGGGACGCGGUGGAACCCGACGCAGGAGCAGAUAAGCUACCUGGAAAUGCUGUACAGGGACGGGAUCCGAACUCCCAACGCCCAACAGAUCGAACACAUCACUGCACACCUCGCUAAGUACGGCAAAAUUGAAGGCAAAAACGUGUUUUACUGGUUCCAAAACCAUAAAGCGCGCGAGAGGCAGAAGAGAAAGCGCAUUUCCAUUUCCCAACAUGGAAACACGACUUCUCCUCCUCCUCCUCCUCCUCCUUCUUCCCCCAUCCCCAAAACGACGCCGUCUCCGCCAUUAACAACCCCCAAGAAUCAUACAGAGGGAAAGAAUGUCCUGAAGAAGAAAGCAGAAAGUGUACAGAAACAGGAGAUGGCGAAAUUAGGACACUGGAGCUCUUCCCUCUGCACCCAGAAGGAAGAUCUGAUCUGAUCUGUUCUUGUGAUUUUUAGUAUGGAUCAUCGACAAAUUAAAUAUGAUUAUUAAUUAAUUAAUUAAUUGUCAGAGGUAGCUAAUUAGUUAAUUAAUUUAAUUUCCCAUCUGCAGCUGCUAAUGCUGCCAUGUUCGAUUA